AAGUCCCAAACCACCACCAACCCCCACGCCCCCCCCCCCCCCCCCCAUGGCCGCGCCACCCACGCCAUCAUCCCCACUGGUCGCCUCCACCCGCCGCUUCGUCGCCCCUCGCCUCCGCUCCCUCCUCCCGGCCGCCGCCGUCUCCAUGUCCAGCACCUCCUCCUCCUCCAUCUCGGCCCCCUCCAACGGCCGCCCCGUCUCAGGCGGCGCCGGGGAGCAGCGGCCGCCGCCGAGUCCCCUCCUCCCGCACGAGAGCCUCGAGGUCGCCGGGGCGCGCUGCGGCCUCCUCGCCGGGUUCGACAGCCUCCGCCGGCCGUACCGAGCCUUCCCCAUUGUCGCGUCGAACCGGCACGUCGAGACCAUCUUCGCCGCCUUCGCGCGGUCGCUCCCGGCCGUCGCGCUCCGCCGCGAGUGCCUCCGCACGCCCGACGAUGGCGCCGUCGCGCUCGACUGGGUCUCCGGCGACGACCGUGCGCUUCCGCGGGACGCGCCGGUGCUCAUACUCCUGCCUGGUCUAACAGGGGGAAGUGAUGAUACAUAUGUAAGGCAUAUGCUGUUAAGAGCUAGAAACAAAGGAUGGCGCGUGGUGGUGUUUAACAGCCGUGGAUGUGCAGGCAGUCCAGUGACUACAGCCAAGUUCUAUUCGGCAUCAUUUACUGGAGAUCUCCGGCAAGUAGUUGAUCAUGUUUUAGGACGUUUUCCUCAAUCUAACGUUUAUGCUGUUGGCUGGUCUCUUGGAGCAAACAUUCUUGUGCGCUACCUUGGAGAGGAAACUGAUAAAUGUGUUCUUUCUGGAGCUGUGUCUUUGUGCAAUCCAUUCGAUUUGGUAAUUGCAGAUGAAGAUUUCCACAAAGGAUUUAACAAUGUCUAUGACAGAGCCCUUGCUAAGGCUCUGAGGAAUAUAUUUAAGAAGCAUGCACUUCUUUUUGAAGGAUUGGAAGGUGAAUAUAAUAUACCAAAGGCAGCGAAUGCAAGAUCAGUUAGAGACUUUGAUGAAGGGCUAACCCGAGUUUCAUUUGGCUUCAAGUCUGUGGAUGAUUAUUACUCCAACUCAAGCAGCUCAGAUUCCAUAAAAAAUGUUUCCAUACCCUUAUUGUGCAUACAGGCGGAUAAUGACCCAAUUGCACCAUCUAGGGGAAUUCCCAGAGAAGAUAUCAAGGCGAACCCGAACUGCCUACUGAUAGUAACACCACAGGGUGGUCACCUUGGAUGGGUGGCAGGUGAAGAUGCUCCAUUUGGAUGCCCUUGGACUGACCCAAUUAUAAUGGAGUUUUUAGAAUAUGUUCAUAACGAAAAGAACUCUAGUACCAAGGGUAGCAUCUCAUAUGAGCAGCAGAGUGUUACACAAACGUCAGCCCCAGAUGUCUCCGUGCAUGUGCAGCGAUAGUAACGUUUCUCUUGCCAGAUUUUUCCAUUCACUAGGCAUGUCUUGUGCACAUAGUUGUUAGGUCGAGAUGCUCUACAGUGCUCCAGGAUGACAGGUUCUACGUUAUUGAGUUGUGACGAUAUUGUCGCGGCCUGCAGUCUGGGAUUCUUUACAGAUUUAUGGGCUUUGCCUGUUCAACUAAUUUUAAUAUUUAUUCCGUAUUGACCAUUGCCGAUACGUGCUGUAUAAAACGGUAUAAACAGUAUAUCGAUCGUGUUCUUAAUAUACAUCCUACAACUAUACGUCUAUA